AUGAACUUCAGUAUCACGACCGACUGGAGCCUUCAAAAGUUUCCCGAUAGUUACCUUGUUCUUCUAAGAACUGAAGAAGCUGUUUCACGUGGGGUGAAGCUCCAUAUUAAACCCUCGCAGGCUAUCUAUGCAGGUGCGGCAGUUCGAUUCCACCUCCUGGCUGGAGCGACCAUCGCCCUCGCUGUGCGCGAUUGCACGUAUCCGCUGGACUUUGCGCAAUUCGAAUUCCCUAGCGGCAGUCGCCGCGAUGGUUGGGAGGGGCUCACGAAGUUUAUCCUAGAGAAGGCUGCAGAUUACCAGGAGAAGCACAGCCAAAAGUUCGUCGGCUUAGCAAUGCCGACCGAGCUGCAUGAACGAUGUCCUGAGCUCUGUUCGCGGCUUUGGGCUGAGCUAGAUAUUAUCCCGAUUGUGCUGCGCAGUUCGGAGGAAAAGGUAAGUUUGGGUUUAUAUGAAGAGAACCUGUCGUUUAAGUCAUUAGACGAACACGCCGAGUCAAUCGCAAGAAAAUGUAUCAGGUUGGUCUUUCCCUUUCCAGCUAAGUCCAGCUUCUUACUUCAGCGCAGGUUUUUCGGCCCCAGCCAGGCUCCAGUCCCAGAGAUCGGCGUCCGAGGCCUUGUUGAGGUUGACGCCGCAUUCCAUGUAAAAUUCACCCGGCUUGCGGACUAUGAGAAAACAGUGGGAGCCCCGACGUGGGCGGCAAUUAACAAAUAUGCCAAUGACCUAAAAAAACGCCGGGUAAAGAUAGCAUUCAUGAGUGCUACUCCACAGGGUGGUGGCGUCGCCCUAAUGCGCCAUGCUAUGGUUCGGUUUGCAAAUGUACUCGGUGUCGACCUCAGGUGGUAUGUCCCGAAGCCGAGUCCUGGUAUCUUCCGAAUUACCAAGAACAACCAUAAUAUCCUACAAGGCGUCGCACCUCCGGGAACUCGCUUUACUCAGGAAAAUAGGGACCUCCUCCAUGAUUGGGUCCUUGAAAAUGCGGAACGCUAUUGGUUUAAGGGAACGAGAUUUGUAGCUCCCCCGUGGUUUGAGAAAUUUCGCUCCUACGCCUAUCCGUUACUCCAGGAACAUGGCGCACCCCAUCCGCCUUGGCAUCAGACAAACGGCCCUCUAGUGCCGCCGUGGGAUGGCGGUGCCGACGUGAUUGUCGUUGACGACCCGCAGCUGCCAUGGCUGAUCCCACUUAUCAAGGAACACACUCCGGACCGACCAGUUAUUUUCCGUAGUCACAUCCAGAUCCGGAGUGAUCUUGUCAACACGCCUGGCACCUCGCAGGCCGAGGCCUGGAAUUUCUUGUGGGAGGCAAUCGAGCAAGCAGAUCUCUUUAUCAGUCAUCCCGUACGCGCCUUUGUCCCGAAUGAUGUGCCACCAGAAAAACUCGGAUAUCUGCCGGCGUCAACAGACUGGCUGGACGGUCUCAAUAAGCCCAUGACUGACUGGAGCGCCUGUUACUAUGGGCGGAUCUUCAACUCGAAGUGCCGGGAGCGGUAUAUGCCGAACAUUGCAUUUCCAGAUGAGGACUACAUCAUACAGGUUGCCCGAUUUGACCCUUCAAAAGGAAUCGAAGACGUCCUCGCCUCCUAUAAGGCGUUCCACAGGCGCCUCGUCGAGGCGGAUCCGGACAUAAGACCUCCUAAACUGAUCAUCUGCGGACACGGAUCAGUCGAUGAUCCGGACGGCUCGAUCGUCUAUGAGGCUGCCCUAGCUUUUGUCGAGCGGCACCUCGAGCAUAUCCGGUCACAAAUUUGCAUUAUGCGUGUUGGCCCCAGUGACCAGGUGCUUAACGCUCUUCUCCACAACGCAAAAAUUGCCCUACAACUCUCUACCCGCGAAGGGUUUGAGGUCAAGGUAUCCGAGGCGUUGCAUAUGGGUAAACCGGUGAUCGCGACGUUAGCCGGCGGAAUCCCGCUGCAAGUACAGCAUGGUAAGAACGGUUUCCUGGUCGAUGUCGGUGACACCGAAGCGGUGGCAAACCAUCUCUUUGAACUGUACAUGGACCAGGAAUUGUAUGAUCGCAUGAGCAGAUACGCAGCAAGCAGCGUCAGUGACGAGGUUAGCACUGUGGGCAACAUCUUGUCGUGGCUGUACCUGGCAUCGAAGUUGUCGAAAGGCGAGAAAAUCCAGCCUAAUGGACGCUGGAUCAACGACAUGGCCCGCGAGGGGGCGGAUGAGCCGUAUACCCCAGGGGAGAACCGGCUUAAACGCGUGUUGUCGACGGACGCAGCGAAGUGA